GUCAACAAUCAAAUCAAAUCAGGACACCUACAAGAAGCACUGUUGCCUAAGUUCACACACACCAACCAACAAUCCCGACGUCCUUGGAUCUUUACGCUCCAUGUUAUCGCGAUCCUAUCUCUAUAAAACCUUGACUUCGCAACUUUUAUCAUAGCUUCCCCACGAGCUCAUUCCAUGGUGUUUAUGUAACCAUGUCGGGACGUCAACCACCAGGGCAGCCGCCCAAUGUAUCGAGUUCGUGGCGCAUGGUCGAGGGAGGCGAGAAUGAUAGCUUCGACACCUCAUUGAUGCCCGACGACUAUGAUGGCAACGAUAUGAUCCUGUCCAGCCAAAGCGAUCACUCGCAUAUAGACGGGAGCCAGCCCUUCAGUUUGGACGGAUCUCAACCGUUCAGUAUAGGAGGGUCACAGGACGAGAGUCUCGAGAGUUUCCUACACAGAGCCGAGGACGACGAUCAAGUCAUCAUGAGAACUCCCUUCCGGCCUUCAAUUCCACAAUCUGUCCGGCACGCUUCUCGCGAAAACAUGAGACACCGGAUCCAGCCAUCACCACAGGAGUUUUACAUGCCCAUGGUCGAUGUCGAUAGCAGACUUGUCGACAGCCGACGAUCCAGCACACGGUCGUCCAUGACAGUGCGACAGUUUCCGCCUUCGCUGCCCGGUCUACGCCACCGACAAACACAUCGCUCCGGCCGUCACGCAUCAACAGACUCCCGUAAGAAUCAUCAAUCGUCAGGGGAGGAAACCGAAGUCAAUGCGGAUAUUGAAGAGAGGAUCGAAGAAAUGAGGAGGUCUAGACUUGGGACAUCAAAACGACAACAGGCGCCAGAGAUUCAGGGGUUUUUUGACCGAUUUUUCGACUCAAUACCGGAUGCCGUUUUCAACACUUUUUCUUGGGCCUUGGGAGUCGUUGGCCUUGCGUUCAAAUAUGCGCAAAAACCCAUCGCCAUUCUGGCAUCUGUAUAUCUCAUCUUUGGACUCCUUUCCAUGGUCCAGAACAUGGCGACAUUAUCCCUCUAUACGGCCCUAUCACCAGUAUGUCGUGUACCAGGCGCAAAAUGGCUCAACCUGCCAUUCUGUCUCGAUAUGUCUGCGAAAACAAACACGCACAUCCAAUUCGACCCUGUAAUAGAGAUUCAGGAUCGCUUUGAGGGGGUUCUAGAGAAAGCUGCCGAAAGUGCUUCGUUGCCUUUGGAGAUGAAGCGCUCCGAGCUAGCUAUCCGUGACCUGCGUACCAUGGUCCGCUACAGCCAGCUUCACGGCAAAGAGCAACUGAUACUUGAAUUUGACGGGUACAUCGAUGCCGCAAGCUCGGCAACUUGGGAUCUUCAAAGGUUCAACACCCGCGUGGGAUCAACAAUAGAUUCCAUCAUCAGCGUCAACCGAUGGACAUCUCGGUACAUCGAUGAACUAUCGGAUGACAUGAAGCACCGCGGCAUCUUAGGCGAGUGGUGGGACUGGGUCUUCUCCCCUUUUCAGCCAUCCGCCUACACGGAGCGCAAGCUUCUGGACCAGUACAUCGACCACACGAUCCGCGUCUCGGACAAAAUUGCCAACCUGAUAAGGGAAGCGCAAGCCGUCCUGAUUACGUUGCAGAGGGCAGAAGACCAUCUCGAAGUCAUAUACGAUUUCGUGACUAGAACUCAGGAACACAUACAGGCGAAGAAGGAGGAGGUCUUUUGGGAAUUGUGGACCUACAUCGGCAUCAAAUCCGAGAACCGCAAGAGCUACAACAACCAGCUGGCGCUGCUUAGGAAGGUUGAGGACCAGCGCUCAGAAGCCGUAAAACAGGUCAGCGAACUCAUUGUUGAGCUGCAGAACAUUCAGGCCAGCCUGAACGGGCUAAGAGACCGGGUUGGAGAGCCGGAGGUGGCGAGGGAUGCUGGUCUUGAUAUACCGCUAUAUGUACAUGUCGAAACUAUCGACAGGGGAGUUGAAAGGCUGGAAUCGGCGAGGAAUAAGAUUCGGGAUGUCGAGAAUGAGCGUGUGCGGGAGGCGUUGGCUAGGGGGAAAGAGGAGUUGCCGGAGUUGGAGGCAAAGGCGUACAAUAGACGUAUUCCUGGUCUUAGUUGGUAGACAAUGUCGAGGUCGCAAAUGGCAGGUUACAUAUGUUGGAGCAGGGAAAGAGUAUUCCUCGAAGCGUUCUACAUGUACUUUUCUUAUUUCUCAGGGGUAGUUUGGGAGU